UCCCGGCCUGCGCUCCCGGCUCGCGCCGCAGCUGCGCCUUGUGCCCGGCGGGGCGCCAUGGCGGCAGCCGGGGCUGGGGCCGCGGCGCGGCGCUUCUUCCGCUGUAACUGCUUCUGCUCCGAGAACCUCUUCCUGCCCCGCUACCGGCUGCACGUGCGCUACCUGGAGGAGCAGCAGCUGCGCCGAGACUACGGCCUGGUCCUUAAGAGCCGUGGCUGUGUGAGUCCUGAGGACUUUGAGCAGGUGUUGGCUGAGCUUGAGAAGGAGGUCCAGCGGAGGAAGCAGCUGGUUCAGCAGGCCUCACAGAGGAAAGCCACCAUUGCCCAGUGCUACCUCCCAGUCCAGCCCCAGGUGUAUGGCUUGCAGGAGCAGUUUAUGGUCUCAGAGUUUCGGUCUGUUGUUCAGUAUUGUGAGACCCUGGAUGCUAACCUUCCAGGCCUCCUCAAGCGCAUCGAGACCUUGUCAGAUGAGAAGAGGAUUUACCGGCUGCCGGUCUUCACCCUGGAUUUCUGCCGGAUGCUGCUGAAGGAGCUGGAACACUUUGAGAAGUCGGACAUGCCCAAAGGGCGGCCCAACACCAUGAAUAACCACGGGAUCCUGUUAUACGAGCUGGGUCUGGACGAGCCCUUGGUGACUCCCCUCCGGGAGCAGUACUUACAGCCCCUCACUGCCCUCCUGUACCCUGACUGUGGAGGCGGCCAGCUGGACAGCCACCGCGCCUUUGUGGUGAAGUACACCAUGGAUGAGGACCGCGACCUCAGCUACCACUAUGACAACGCCGAGGUCACCCUCAACAUCUCGCUGAACAAGAACUUCUCGGAGGGCAGCCUUUACUUUGGAGACUUUCGUGAGGUGUCGAGCAGUGAAGUGCAGUACCUGGAGGUGCCACACGUGCUGGGCCGAGGGGUGCUGCAUCGGGGCGGGCAGUUGCACGGGGCCCUGUCCUUGGAGUCUGGAGAACGAUGGAACCUCAUUAUCUGGAUGAGGGCCUCUUCUGUCCGCAACCAGCUCUGUCCCAUGUGUGGGAAGCCGCCUGAGCUGGUGGAGGAUGAGGGCUAUGGGGAUGGCUUCACCCGAGAAGAAGGGGAGCCCAGUACUAUGAACAUUUGCACCUUGACCUGAGUCCCAGCCUCCU